GGCACGAGUGGCCAAAGCUUAAAUAUAGGAAUGUAGUCACGUGAGCCUGUACGUGACUACAAGUAUAUAGUUACUAUGCAAUAUAUGCCCCCAAAAAAGAAAGAACUGCGUGGUCCUCUAUUCUAUACGUAUGUACGAUUCACUCGUAUGUACGGCGGGCCAACUUUUCGAAAAGGAUAGAAAAUCGAACGAAUUCCACCCAAAAAGCUCAAAAACAGCCUUAUUCUAAUAUCCCUGAACUCCAUAGCCUAAUGCUAGUAACCAAAGCGUCCCAUGGCACCGUAUGUAUGUAUUCGAUAUGCAGGGAGUGCAGGAGAGGAGCAUGGGGCGCAGGAGAGAAGCAGGGAGCUGUCGAUAAGCUAAGGAAGGCUGCUUGAUAGCAGGAGGAGGAGGCUGGCUGUCGAUGAGCUAAGGGAGGCUGUUCGACGGCAGAAGGAUGGUAGUCGAGGCUGUACGGAGCGUACAGGGACGUCAAGUUGAGAAGGAGGCUAUUGCGAUGUUUAUAUACGCUAUGGUUAAUAUGGAGGUCGUUUAUGGUGCGGAAGCAUCGGGAGGGCAGUAUCGGUCGCGAUUGCUGGAGGGCGAGUAUGGUGCUCCGAUUCAGACGAUGGUAAUUAUCGUACGGAUGGCGAUAACUGAGAAUCGAUUUGUUUAUUAAAUAGAAUGCUCAAUUAAGAGGUCUAAUUAAAAGGUAUGGUAAUGCCGUGGAGGUAUUGACGGUUUCCAAUCGAUGGCUCAAUUAAGAGAUCGACUGGUUGGAGCAGAGCUUUGGAGGGCUUGCUAGGGGAGGUAUAGAGGAAUUUGCAGGUAAUCGAGAG